UAAUUAUCCAACGAUUAACAGUAUUUUUUUUAAUACAUUUAUCCGGUCGCGAGCGUAAGAUAGUGAACCGUAAACGAAAAAGAGUCAGUUGAAAAUGAACUGUGGUUGUGCUGAGACGUACAUUGGACCGCCCCUCACCAAUACGUGUGGGGGUGGUACCUUCGUGAUGUUCAUGGCCCUUUUGGACACAUUUAUCAAAAGAAGAUGCGAGAUUUCAGAAAUCUGUGAGAGAAUUACGCCUCGAUUAAGACCGGAUAUGGAGUAUGAUUUUGUGGUUAUUGGUGGAGGAAGUGGGGGAGCGACUGCCGCGGGAAAGUUAGCGCAGGAAAAGGGGUGGAGGGUGCUAUUGAUCGAAGCUGGUGGAGAUGAACCUCCGGGAUCUCAGGUACCGGCAAUGGUAGUAAACUACUUUGGAAACCCGUAUAUGGACUGGAACUACCGUACCGAACCAGAACCAGAAGCUUGUCAAGGAUAUCCAGAUAAAAGAUGUACUUGGCCAAGAGGAAAAGUUUUAGGAGGAUGUAGUGUUAUAAAUGGCAUGAUGUAUACAAGAGGAACGCCCAGAGACUACGAGAAAUGGGUUGAAGCAGGGAACCCAGGCUGGAGCUAUGAAGAGGUCUUACCAGUAUUUAAGAGAUUCGAAGAUAAUAAAGAUGUAGGCACGUUAGUGGAUGCAAAGUAUCAUGGCGUAAACGGUCCUUUAACGACGUCCCGCUUUCGACAUCAACCUGAGAUGGCAUUUGAUAUAUUAAAAGCUGCUCAACAAAUUGGAGAAAAUGUGUCAGACGACUUAAAUGGUGAAAAAUAUACUGGAUUUGCUAUUGCGCAAUCAAACACGAGAGAUGGGGUGAGAUUAAGUAGUGCCAGAGCAUAUGUCCGCCCUCAACGUAAUAAUCCGAAUUUCCAUGUUAUGCUUAACUCUACGGCUUCUAAAAUUAUACUUCAAAAUAGAAACAAUGAGAAAACCGCUGUCGGUGUAGAGUUUAUUUAUAAAGACAUUACAUAUUCUGUGAGGGUUCGACGUGAAGUUAUUUUAUCUGCAGGAGCUUUAAACACACCACAAAUUCUUCUUCUUUCUGGAAUAGGCCCUAAAGAAGAACUGGACAAGUUUAAUAUUAAAGUGACUCAUGAAUUGCCUGGCGUUGGAAGAAGUCUACAGAACCACGUGGCUUUUUAUAUGGGAUAUAAAUUGAAUAAGAUACCGGCUGUGAAUGAUUUAGACUGGGCGACUGCUUUGGAUUAUAUAUUAUAUCAAACGGGUCCAAUGAGUUCCACUGGGCUUUCUCAAGUUACUGCCAGAAUUAACUCUCCGUAUGCAGAUCCAAGAGGUAAUGAUCCAGAUCUGCAAAUUUUCUUUGCGGGUUACACAGCUAACUGUGCUUCUACUGGAACAGUUGGCGCCUUCGAAGAUCCUGAACAUCCUGAAGCCAAAAAAGAUUUUACUUUUUCUCCGGUUACUUUACAUCCUAAAAGUAAAGGAUACGUGGGGCUGCAUACGACUAAUCCUUUAGACCCGCCUAAAAUGGUUGCCAAUUACUUAACCGAGGCAGACGACGUAAAAGUUUUAGUGGCAGGAAUUCGAGUCAUCCAGCGUCUCGCGAACUCGUCUAUUAUGCAACAGAAAUAUGGAAUGACUAUAGAUUAUGAAGAAUAUGGAAAUUGUGCCGCUCAGUAUGGGUACGACACAGACAACUUCUGGUCCUGCGCAAUCAAGUACUAUACUGGCCCCGAAAAUCAUCAAGCGUGCUCCUGUAAAAUGGGUCCUAAAACAGACCCAUUGGCCGUCGUCGAUAACAAACUUCUAGUUCAUGGAUUAAGUAAUGUUCGGAUCAUGGAUGCUUCUGCAAUGCCUAUGUUGGUAUCAGGCAAUACGCAUGCUACGAUCGUCAUGAUGGCUGAGCGCGGAGUUGAUUUCAUUAAAGAAAAAUGGUUGGGUAACAGAAAUAUUAUGGACAGAUUUGGCGGAGCUGCAAGUGAAACGCAAAGAACACCCGCUAUCAAGGCUCCUAGUUCCUUAUACCAAAGUUCGAACGCAUUUAACCGCGGUCCAAGCUAUUCUGCCGCAUCGGGCAGCUAUCAUCAACAUCACCACAACCAGCAGCAACAGCACAACGAAGUAUUCCACCAACAAAAUCCCCAUUUACCAAAUCCAUAUUUCGGUUAUAAUAGUAAAUACAGCGGAAUGAGUAACUAUUACAACCAGUACAAUCAUAAUUACGGGUCUAAUCAGCCCGGUUAUCAGCCGAAACAGCAAAAUACAAGAACUGAAUACGGAUACGACGGUAAUGAGCCGUAUAGGUACAACAGGACGCACGAUAAUAAUGGCGGCGGACGGUAUUAGCAUCGAAUUUGGUAUUUGGUGCAUUUGCUCGUGUUAUUUAUUAUUAGCGUUUAGAGCUCCACUCUUGUUUAAAAUAUUAUUAUUAAAUUGUGACUUGAAUUUCAAUGAAUGGGCCUAGUGUUUGUAGAAUUAUACAGAUUUGAAAAACGUAAAUUAGCUAUUAAAAUUAGAUAAAUUAUUAUUUUUUUUUAGUAAACAACCAAAAAUGUUAAAAUUAAUAUUAGCAAAUUUAAAAAAAUUAAUUUAUUAGUAAGAGUAAACAAUGAAUUGUAUCUGAACUAUAUUUUUAACCCAUUCCAAAGAAAUAAAAUAAUAAAUAUUUAGUAAAAGGAAGUA